AACAUGUGGGUUCGCCACCAUUCUUUCUACGACACUGUUAGAGCCUCCUGGCAGCAGGCUACACACCUCUAUGGGAUGCGCAACCUGGAGGAGAAGCUCAAGAGACUCCGCUGCGUGUUGAAGCAGUGGAACUGGACGACUUUUGGUGACAUUUCUCAGCGUCUUACUGCAGCUCAGACUGCGUAUGCGGAGGCAGAACGGACCUAUGAUUUGGAUUCUUCGCCAGAGAAUAGGUCUGAGAUGCGCCGCUGCCAUGCUGAGUACCAGUUGCGCCUCCUCAUGGAGGAAGAUUUCUGGAAGCAGAAGGCUGCUGUGCGCUGGGUGGCUGAGGGGGAGC